AUGCUUCUGAGUCCGUCCCCUCGAGGAUCCUUUAGCGUCCCCGUUCACAUCAACCUGCGCAACGCUCGGCGGCGGCGUACACGGGAGCUGCUGCAGUACCCUUCUGGGGCGCAGGAGUCUCAGUGGAGAAGGUGCAGAGCUGGAGAGAAGGCUAAGGCCCAGGCCCCUGUCUCCAGUGUCGGGGAGGAGAGAGCCUUGUUGCUAGGAUUCGCCAUGGUGGCCUUCUCUAUCCUCAUGUACUUCGUGGUGGGAAUCGUUGUUGUGAAGCCAUGUUUGAACAGUGACUGGGGAGAGGCCAUCAGCUGCUCAGUGAUCCAGGCUGAGCUUCUGAAUGAUUCGGAUGACUGGAGAUGCUUAAACAGCUCCCCGUGCCUGCAGGUCUUUGUGAACAUCACAGCUUCUGGGAGAAGAGCACUUCUACAUUACGAUGAAGUAUCGGUGAACCUGAGCCCAGAGUGCUUCUACGCCCCUAAAAGCCAGCAGAACAACUCCGAGCUGAUGAAAGAGGCCCAGAGGAUCCAACAGUACUUGUUGAACAGGAGUGGGGAGGCCAUAAGUUGCCACCCCGGCAUGGGGAGACACUCUGAAGAGGUGAUUCUGAAGAGGAGAUACACCCUGCGUCUGGCACUGCAGUGCCUGGUGUGGCCCAGCCUCAUGCUGUUCGGAGGAGGCCUGCUGGUGGGCCUGGUCAUGCUCACCCAGUGCCUGGCUCACAUCUGCGCCGAAAUCCUUGCCAGAGAGGGAGGGGAGGGGAGCCAGACCUUGCUGACACAAGGCAAACUCUACCAGCUGCUGAGAUGCAGGCCAAGGAGCCCCAGCAUGGAGCAGGACCCGAACAGAUAA